UCUCUCUCAACUCUUAAACAUCUGCAAUCGCCAUCGAUUAGAUCCGUAGAUGAACGGCGCAUUAGGUGGUAACUCAUCCGCCUCCGUCAGCGGUGGCGGAGAAGGAGCGGGAGGACCUGCGCCUUUCCUGGUAAAGACGUACGAGAUGGUAGAUGAUUCGUCGACGGAUGAGAUUGUAUCGUGGAGCUCCAACAACAACAGCUUCAUCGUCUGGAACCAUGCUGAGUUUUCACGCCUCCUUCUCCCAACCUACUUCAAGCACAACAACUUCUCUUCCUUCAUCCGCCAGCUCAAUACCUAUGGAUUCCGGAAGAUUGAUCCGGAGAGGUGGGAGUUUUCGAAUGACGAUUUUCUCAAAGAUCAGAAGCAUCUUCUCAAGAACAUACACAGAAGGAAGCCUAUACACAGCCACAGUCAUCCGCCUGUUCCGUCCUCCGUGGAUCAAGAAAGAGCCUCCCUGCAAGAGCAGAUGGACAAGCUCUCACGUGAAAAAGCUGCCAUUGAAGCCAAGCUUUUGAAGUUCAAACAGCACAAGUCCACCGCGAAGCAUAGCUUAGACGAAAUGGCUGAGCAUGUUGACGAUAUGGAGAGGAGGCAAGAGAAGCUGAUGAGUUUCUUGGAGACGGCCAUACGGAAUCCUAAUUUUAUCAAGAACUUUGGCCGUAAAGUCGAGGAGCUGGAUGUUUCAGCGUACAGCAAAAAGCGGAGGCUCCCUCAAGUUGAGCAAUCAAAGCCACCUUCAGAAGAUUCUCAUUUGGAUAAUAGCAGUGGUAGCUCGAGACCCGAGUCUGGAAACAUUUUCCAUCAGAACUUCUCAAGUAAAUUGAGAUUAGAGCUCUCUCCUGCUGUUUCGGAUAUGAAUAUGGUUUCACACAGUAUACAAAGCUCCAAUGAAGGGGCGAGUCCCAAGGCAGGAAGUGAUCCAAAACUUUCACAAGCGAGAAAGGAAGGCUUACCAUUUACACCUGAAGCACUAGAGCUUGCGGAUACUGGGUCAUGCCCUGGGAUAUUACUGUUACAUGAAGACACUAUCGCGGAGCCCUUGCAGCAGAGGAUAACAUCUUCAGAGGAGACUGAUGGUAGCUUUUCAUGUCAUUUGAAUCUUACUCUGGCUUCUGCUCCAUUACCAGACAAGACAGCUUCCUUGAUGGCUAAGACAACUCAUAAAAGUCAGGAGAUUGGAAGAGUUACCGAGUUAAACUUCAACGCAGUAGAAACAAGUGCAAUUGAGAAAACCCGGGGUCAGCAAGAGGUUGCAGGUGGAGGAGGUAAACAAGGAAAUGCAGCACCUCCGGCUAGAGUGAAUGAUGUAUUCUGGGAACAGUUCCUAACAGAAAGGCCAGGGUCUUCAGAUAACGAGGAGGCAAGUUCCACUUAUAGAGCAAACCCAUGUGAAGAGCAGGAGGAGCAAAAAAAUGGGCAUAUGAUGUCACAUAAUACGAAGAAUAUCGAGCAGCUGACCCUAUAAAGUAAAGAAACGGUAAUAUCAACGAUACCACUCUGGUUUUAGUAUAUGUAUGGCUGAGUAAGUAUUGAUAUUGGACUGAAACAGCUUCUAAAGAGUAAGUAGCCUUGGUGAAACGUAUGUAUCUCUCACCUGUUUUUGUUUCUAGACUUGUAAUUGACUGUAAAUUUAAGAAAUAUUGACUUGAUAGUUUUGCUCUUUUGUCUUCUUUUGCAAUUCUCACCUAACGUUGGCGUUUCCUCAACAACUAAACCAAUUUA